CACCUUCCCCAAAAUCCCCUAAAUUUCUGUAGUCUUCUUUUCUUGUACGUAUCUCAAAUCCCAAUACCCUAAAUUUCUGUCUACGGUGGAUUGCGAUGGCGAUUGGCAAUUCCGACGUAAUUCUAAUAUCUUCCGACGACGAAGACGACGGCGAAACAAACUUUGUGACGGCGGCUGUCAAUCCUGACAUAGUUUUAAUAUCUUCCGACGACGACGACGGCGAAAGAAAUCUGGAUGAAGGAGUAGCAUCGGAACAUGAGGCUGAUUAUAUCCAAUUCGAUGAGUAUGAGUCGGAUAAAGAGGAAGAUGAUGAUGUUGAGAAGUUGAAUGUUGAAGAAUGUGUUGAUAAUAAUAAUAAUAAUCAAGGAGGUAAUGAUUUACAUGCACUAAGUCUUAAUGAGUGUAAAACAUACUUGCGGAAGCAUGGAAUGAGGGUAUCUGGAACAAAGGAAGAGUGCAUACAGCGAAUCGAAGAGCACAAUAGGUUAAAAGAUGGAAACGCAGAAUCAUUAUAUCCCAAAUCAUCAUUUUCCAUUAAUUGCACUGGUGAUGCAUGCAGAGGAGAUAUUGUGUUGUUCAAACAAAACAUGUACAACAACCAACGCGAUAUAAUUGGGAGAAGAACUGUUGCUGGGAGGAUAGUCAAUGAAAGUUAUAGUGCUUCAACGGAACAUACGUUCUCGGUCGAAGUGUUGUGGAGCAAAUGGUUCAAAAAACUCGACCCACUUUCCAUUUUGCUGGUAAAAGGUCGCAAUCUUUACCAGUUUGGGACCUUCAGACAGGCUUGGGAGAGUGAAGCAGAAAGAUCAGAAGUGCUUAAAGAGAAACAUGAGCGAGGUAAAGAAGCUAGGCGUAAACGAAAAUGGAAGGAAACAGAAUUUGAUGUCGGUGACAAUAAAGGUAAAAAGCGUCAUAAGGUAUCCCAUAAAGUAUCAUCUCAUAGUAAACACAAGCAUGCGAAUAAGAAUACAAAAGCUCACUAUCAGGAUGUACUGUUUCAAAGUUUGGAUUUGAAAAGGUCAACACAAUUGACUUAUCACUCAGACCCGAAUUGUUCCAUGUAUUCUGACCAUCACCUUCAAGAAGCAUCAGUGCCGUUAACUUAUGACACAACUCUGCAGCUUAAUGAUCUACCACCUGGCAGUUCUGUGGGUCACAGUCAUCUCAACAACGAACAACAAGGACCUAAUCAGGCCUUAUCUCAGCCGCCUGAUCACCAUCAUCACGACUCUGAAUCACCUGUUCACAGGUCAAUAGAUGAAAAGGCUAUGAUACAUUUUCCGGAAUCAUCGUUUUCCAUCAACUGCACGGGCGAUGCACGCGAAAGAGAUGUUGUUUUGUUCAAACAACCGGUAUACAUGAGAGGAAAAGUUACGGAAAAGAAAAGAACGGUUGCUGGGAGGAUAGUUAAAGUACGCCAAUGUGAAUCAGGAGAUGAACAUAAAUUCCUGAUUAAAGUGUUGUGGACCAUACCCUCUAUAAUCAACCGCCGACGCUUCACUAUGCGAGUGAGAAGUCACAAUCUCUACAAGUAUGGGGCAUUCAGACAGCCUUGGAAGAAUGAAGCAAUGAGAUCAAAAAUGUUUGAAGAGAAACACGGGCCAGUUACCCGUAAACUACGACGGAAAUUGAAGAAGAUGGACAGUGCUUUGAAUAAAAAUAAAGGUGCGAAACGUCAAAAAGUAUCCCAUACCGGAUCGUCUCCAAGUAAACAGCCAACUCAAAAGGCGUCUUCCAAGAGGAAGGGUGCGGGUGCAAGUCCUGUAAAAAAGACUAAAACAGGUUCCAAGAUGAAGUCUGUACGGCUUGGAAAGAGAAGAGCCAAGAAGUCAAAACAACAGACCUUUCAGCCGCAUACAAACCCGAACACGAAUCUAGAUCUCAGUCUGAGCACUAACCUGAACCAGAAUGAGAACUCGAACCUGAUACCGAGCACUACCUUGAAUCCGAACCCGAGCCUACACCUGAACCCAAACCAUAAUGCAGACCAAAACCAAAACCAAAACCAGAACCAGAACCUGAACACGCGCCACACCCAGAACCCUAACAGCACUGACCCGAGUCAGAAUCCAAUCUCCAAUCCGAUAUCAAGCACUACCUCGAAACCUAACCUGAGCCCACACCUGAACCCAAAUCAACACACAAAACCAAACCCGAACCCACGCCAAAAACUGAACCUGAAACCACGCCAUAACCCGAACCAGAAACCACGCCAAAACCCUAACGGCCCUGAACCGAACAAUAAUCCAAACUCGAACCCGAUAUCAAGCACUGCCUCGAAUCCUAACCCGAGUCAGAAUCCAAACUCCAAUCCGAUAUCAAGCACUACCUCGAAACCUAACCCGAGCCCACACCUGAACCCAAAUCAACACACAAAACCAAACCCGAACCCAUGCCAAAAACUCAUCCUGAACCCACGCAAAAACCUGAACCUGAAACCACGCCAUAACCCGAACCAGAAACCACGCCAAAACCCUAAUGGCCCUGAACCGAACAAUAAUCCAAACUCGAACCCGAUAUCAAGCACUGCCUCGAAUCCUAACCCGAGCCCACAUCUGAACCCAAACCAACACACAAACCCGAACGCACACCAAAACCAGAGCCCGAACAUGCGCCAAAACCAGAACCCUAAUAGCACUGACCCGGACCAAAAUCCAAACUCGAACACAAUAUUGAGCACCACCUUGAAUCCUACCCCGAGUCCACACCUGAGCCCGAACCAACACACAAAACCGAACCCUCGCCAAAACCCGAACCCGAAACCACGACAAAAUCCGAAACUGAGCCCCCGCCAUAACCUGAACCCGGAACCACGCCAAAACCCGAACCCAACCCCACGCCAAAACCCGAACCCGAAACCACGCCAAAACCCGAACCCAACCCCACGCCAAAACCCAAACCCGAAACCACGCCAAAACCCGAACCCGAACCCACGCCAAAACCCAAACGCGAACCCACGCCAAAACUCACACCCGAAUGUCAGCCAAAAUCCGCACCCUCACCCAAGCUAUUACAUGCCUGCUCAUCAACUACAAGAGUCGUCAUUGUUCUUACCUAACCAGCCACCCGUUUGGGUUCCCCCUAAUCAGCCACCUUAUCGGCUUCCAGGUUAUGGUGGACAAUGGGGACCUAAUCAUAACCCCAUUCAGUCACCUGGUUACAACUAUAUGGAUAUUUUAGUGCUAGCGGGUCUAACGACACUUUGGUAUCAGCAACAAUGAUGACAUGAUACCAUUGUUACUUCCUUUUUUUUGUUGGUUUGUUUAUUUGUUUACAGAGGAUAUGUUGUCUUGACUCAUCAAGUGUUACCAUAACUGUGUUUUUUUUUGUCGUUUUUUAAUCAUCUUUUAGACAUUACUUGACAAAAGGUUUACAUUUAUAUUUUGCUAAAUUUGUGAAGUAGUUUUGUUACUUCUAAUUUUCUAAUUUGGAAGUCGUCCGGCACAUAUAAAAUGUUCAGAAUUUAGGUUCAUUAAAACAAGUGUACAACUUGUGGGCUUUUGUACCCUUUUAACUAUUAAAAGGGCUCCUAUCAUUUGAUGAGUCAAGACUUGUGGGUUGUGACCACGUUGGAAACCAUAUUCUCUUCCGGCAUUAGGGGCUGUAUCAACUAGACAAAUCUUGUGAUUUUUGUUAGACUGGACGGUAUUGGGGACGGCGUGACCCCGUCCAGGCCCGGCGCCGAGCCGGAAUACCGCCCCCCUAUGCCCCGUCGCGCCUUCUUCGUCUCCCACCAGCCGGAUUCGACGGGCCCAUUUUUCGAAAUCUAGCCGUUGGUAAACGGCUAUAUUAUAAAAAAAAAGUUUUUUUACUUUAAUAAAUACCCACCUCUUAUCCAUUUUUUUUUUAAAAAUACUCCAUCCAAAAUCUACCCACUUCUCUCUUCUCUCAUCCAUUUUAUAAAUCAUGAAUCCCUUCAACCCAAACAAUCCCAACCCGAACCAGAACCCAAACCCGAAUCAGCCUAACUUUUUUUCGACGCCCGGUUACACUCCGACUACCUAUCCUUCAUGGGUGUCUCUGCAGUUUACCUUUUCGGGUUUCCAACAAUCACCCAACGCAUUCAAACAAAUGUCUCAACUCCAACAAAUGCAACAAUUCCAAGCACUCCAACAAAUGAUGCUACGCAACUCGUUUGAAUCUCAAGCGCAAUUCGAAUCCCAACCGCCAACAUCGCCGGUUCGAGUUGACGAUGACGAAGAAGAAGUCGUCCCCGAUUUGCCACCUCAAACUAUAAGACGCAAAAAAAAGAAAAAAACAAGGGGAAGGCGGUUGGAACCGAUUCCUCCGGGCUUCAUACUCAUGCUUCCAUAGAGGCGUUCGUAAUUGCGACAAAUAGACAGCUAAGCGUUCAUCCAAUUCAUAAGCUUUUGCAUCCUCACUUUCGUGACACAUUGAACAUCAAUGCCUUAUCCCGCCAAACACUCAUCAGUGCUGGUGGACUCCUUGAGAAAACAGUUUUUCCGGACAAAUACUCCUUGGCCAUGUCAUGCAGCAUGUACAAAAAGUGGGAUUUCACUAAACAGACACUACCUGCUGAUCUUAUCGACAGAGGAAUGGCUGUGGAGGAUUCAUCCUCUCUUCAUGGUGUUCGUCUCUUUAUAGAAGACUACCCUUUUGCGGUCAAUGGGCUUGAAAUAUGGUCUGCAAUUAGAUCAUGGGUACAUGAUUAUGUUCACAUUUAUUUACCUAGACGAUGAAGAAAUACAAAACGACAAUGAACUCUAAGAAUGGCGGAAUGAGGUCCGAACCAAAGGGCAUGGUGAUUUGAAAAAUGAGCCGUGGUGGCCUAAAAUGUACACAGGCGAGGAACUCAUACAAUCAUGCACCAUCAUCAUAUGAGUGGCUUCUGCACUCCAUGCAGCUGUGAAUUUCGGUCAGUAUCAUCCUUACGGUGGGUACCGGCCUGCGAUGAGCCAAAGGCUCUUACCUGAACCUGGGACUCCACAAGAUUAUGAAGAACUUGAGAAGAACCCUGAAAAGGCGUUUCUGAAAACCGUUACCUCCCAACUUCAAAGUAUUCUUGGGAUCUCAUUGAUUGAGGUUCUGUCAAGGCAUUUCUGAAAACCGUUACACCUGAUUGGACCGCUGAUAAGCAAGCGUUGGAAGCUUUUGAAAGAUUUGGGGCUCAUUUGAGGAUGAUCGAAAAGAAGAUGGAUGAGAUGAAUCAUGAUAAGAAGUUGAUGAACAGGACUGGACCUGCUCAAAUGCCCUACACCUUGCUGUAUCCUAGCAGUAAAAUUGGUCUUACUGGUUGCGGUAUUCCGAAUAGCGUUUCCAUACGAAGCAUUUUCUGAUAUAAUAUUGUGUUUGAUCUGGUAUUUCCUAUGCAUGUUGAACGUUUGUUGGUUUAAAUCCUUUUUUUUCA